CGGAGAUAGCGUUGGCGUGCUGGUUUCCAGGCAACUGGAGUAAACAGGCGGGGCGCGGGGCGCCUAGCGCGGCCGGAGGCCCAGGCACUGAAUGGCUCAGCUGCAACUGGCUGUGUGUCCACCUGUGGAUUCUAUGGUGGCAGCUCCCAGUCUUCCAUUAACAGGGCAGAAGAGAUACUAUCCCAAGGCCCUUGGGCACCAGUCCCAGCUAGAACACCUGAAGAACAACUUCCAGCAACAGCUCUUGCGUGACAAGGAGGAGAAACUGAAGGAUCUUUGCAUCUGCAAAAGCCGGAGUUAUUCCUGCUCUCUCUCUUCUGGGAGCAGCCAGCAGGACUCUGGACAGGGAGGCUUCUACUCUGCUGGACCCCAUAGCAGGUAUCUCACCAGCCAGACCAGUAUUUUGCCCUCCAAGUGGGCAGCCAGGCGGAGAGAAGGGGUGGAUCGAUCCUACCCUCUGAAACCAGUCUUUCACCGCAAGGCUGAGAGCAUUCCAGUGGUCAGCACAAGUCAGCUCAGGAGCUCGCCACCCAUGGCUGAAUCUCCCAGCAAUAACUAUAGCUCAAAGAAAAGAGGGAAGUUGCCAGCAGCCAGGGCCCAGCCAGCUGUAUUGCCAUCUUCUUUGGCAGCAGAGCAGCAUAAGCAGUCAGCCACCCAUCCAAGCAGAGCAGAUUUGGGUUACAUCCAAAGGCUGGAGGCAGCUGGGCAGAGCCUGGAGGAGGAGAUCCGGAGGAAAGAGGUCCUCCUCAGGGAGAAGCUGAGGAGAACAGAGGAGGAACUCAGGAGGAUCCAGAGAGAGAAGCAGCAGGUGGAGGUAGAAGAGAGAAAGGAGAGAGAGGGUCUGAGGAUGCAAGAGAAGAAAGCAGCAGGGCUUUCUGGGGGGAACAUUUUCAGGGCUACAGCCAGGCCCAGUGAGGGGGACUGUGGUUGGGAGCAGUCUCCAGAGGAUGCCAUGCCCGUGCCAAACAAUACCCACCUUCCCCAUGUGCAGGGCAUAGAGAGACUCAAGAAGGGGCGGCUGGUGGCCAGCAACAGCAAAAUUCAAGAGCACAUGGCUUUGGAGAGCAUGGCCUCCUGUUCAAAGUUGGUCAUGAAACACAGCCAGGGUCCACCUGCAGCAGCCUCCUCAGAACAAGAUCCUGCAGCAGAACUGUUGCAUUCACAGGGUCCCACUGGCAGGGAGCAGGGGGAGCUAGGAGAGUGUGGCUUCUGUGGGCGUAAGUUUCUUCACCUCCGGCUGGAGAAGCACGUGAAUGUUUGCAGCAAGAGCCAAGGCUCCAAGAGGAAAGUAUUUGACUCAAGCAUGGCGAGAGCCAGGGGAACCGAGCUGGAGCAAUAUCAGCACUGGAAGGGUAAAAACCCCACCCAGAAUGAGCCACCCAAGAACAACUGGAGACAAAAGCAUGAGUCUUUCAUCCGGACCCUGCGCCAGGCCCGUGAAAUGCAGCAUGUGAUCUCCAAAGGGGGGAAGCUCUCAGACCUGCCCCCACUGCCCCCUGUAGAGAACCCAGACUAUAUCUCCUGCCCCCACUGCAACCGCCGCUUUGCACCCAAGGUGGCUGAGAGACAUAUUCCCAAGUGCAAAACCAUCAAGAACCGACCCCCUCCACCACCACAAAGGAGACGUUAAGGAUGACACACUGCAGUGAAUCCCAGCUCUCUCUCUCUCAAAGUGGCUUCCAUCUAGAGCAAGCUUUGUGUUCUCACCAUCCCCCAAGCAGACUGCUAACUUUUAAGAUAUCCCCAUGUAAAGUGAGUAAGGAGCUCAGGCCCCAUGAACAGAAUACUAAAAUGCUUGUACUUUGAGCUGCAGCCAGUGGUUCCUGAGUGUAUGCAGAUAGCUCUGAGAGAGUUUAGGCCACUACCCUACUGCUGCUGGUUCCCGAGUGUAUGCAGAUAGGUCUGUGAGAGUUUAGGCCACGACCCUACUGCUGCUGGUUCCCAUCCCUUCCCCUUCUACAGCUCUUCACAAAGAGUUCAAGUUCUCUUGGUUGAAGAGAUUGCUGGGUCUUGGUGUGAGUGGGAGGAGAUUACCAUGAUGUCCCUUGUGUACGGAAUGGGGAUGUCGAUGGGACAGCUGCAAGGGAAGAACCACCAUGGCUGGCUGGUCCUCAGAAUCAUGAUUAGCUGCUAUGGGCAGGUGGUGGGGAUGAAAGGUUGAGGGCUCUUUCCUCUGAUAUGAAGUAGUACAGCGUGGGGCAGAGGUCAUCCAGAGCUCACAGAUGGAAAGAAGCCCUUUAGUUAGGCACCAACAAUGUGCUCAGCCUUGAACCAGUCACACAAAAAUACCCCUAGGCUGCUGAGCUCAAACUGAUAUUUGUAUGUUAGCACCCUGAUUGCUGAAGAAAGCACCUGCCUGCAGAACAGCUGGGGAGUGGGCUAGAAUUCUACUGCUGUUUAGCUACAGAUGCUGGCACACGAGAGCCCCCAAAGAUCAGCUCUCCAGCUUCCUCUGCCAAGGCUGUGUGGGGCUCUCUCUGGGAAGAGGGGGUGGGAGGGAGUUUUCAGCUCCUGCAGUAGAGAGACCUUGUGUGGGCUGAUACAGUAGUUUGGAUAAGUCAGGAAAGGUAGUUUCCUUGCAGAGAGAGGGAAGAUAAAUGACGUUAGCAAGCUAGAACAUAAUGUACAAACUACAACUUUCCUUCCCUCUGUUUCUAACAGCCCCUGGAGGCAGAAUCCAGAACUGCUUCCCUCUCUCAGCUGCUUUUUGUGCUCAGUCCUGUUUAUUUUCUGCAUUGGUUUUGAGCUGAACAAUGAAAACUGAGCAGGCAGGCUCAUUCCAUGCUCCUCUUGCAAUAGCCCACAGGAGGAUUUAUUUAGCUUGUUUCCACUGGAAUUCAUGAAAAUCCUGGGACUGUUUCUAUUGGACUUGGGGUCAGUAACAUUUUGCUUUUCAACAUCCAAAAACCUUAGUUUGGGGCCAUGUUUGACAUAGCAUCUCUAAUCAGAACAGCAGAUUGGGGAGGGAGACCCGUAAAAUGCUGCUUCAGCACAAGAAUUCCUUGGGGCAGAAAGCUUGCAGAGGGGCCUCAGUAGCAGAGGAGCUAUGCACGACCAGCCUCUUACUGUUUGGAGAGGCACCUUUCAUCUCAAGUGUGCUUGUUCCAGCAUCAACUGUGGAAUAGUAAAGACUCCUAGAGCUCGGUCAGAGCCUUUAGGCGACAGGGUGACUGUUACAAAGGGAUUACUUACCAGGUGCAUGAACUUGGACUCAGAUGCAAGAUUCUUUCCAGCCUCAGUUUUCCAUGGAGAGCAUCCAGGCUGGCAGAUGGCUUUAGGCCCCAUGUAAGUAGCAGGUUGUUCAAUACUAACGUAGCCCUAGCAGGUGGGUCACAAGCAGUGUAGGGAUACCAAUAGAAGACCAAGUAAUUAAUGAGAGGAGAAAAUGAACAAAAAAUGCCCAGUAGCUUUUACUUCAAGGCCCACGGUGAUCCUGCCCCAACUCAGCACAGCCUGGGGAAGAUACACAGGGGCCAGAUUUAACUAGGCUUAGUCAGUGGCUGGAUAUGUGGAAAUAGUCCUUGACUGUGAGGUGUGUAAUAGUGUCCCAAGGAAGUAGGAGACCUCCUGUCCCCAAGAUAAGUGAGCAAAGCCCCCUCCCUUGGGACACUAGGGUAGUGCUCAAAGACCCCAGUUAGGGUUAAAGCUGCAUGGUUCUGGGCACUGUACAAGUAUUGAAGAGUUUACAGCCUAGGAAGAAAUAUUAAAAUCCAGACACAGGGUCUGAAAUGGGUUCAGCAUACAUGCAGGUGAUCAUGGGAGGCCGGGCGCAUGGCUUAGUAACUCCAUUUCUGGUUUUAUUGUGGGAUAGCAGUGAGGUCACAGGAAGGCAGGAGAGGAGUAAAUAGCAAGAAAAUGGGAAAGGGGGGAGAGUGGAAAUUCAUCUGAACUGAUGGAUAAACGAAUGUUUAAAAUAAACUAAACAUGAAACGAGUUUAAGAAAAUCAGUACAGUAACCCCUGUAAUGUGUUUAUAUUAAAUCCAAUUUUACAA